GAGAGAGAGAGAGAGAUAAGUGAGUGAGCGAGUUUGGUUCUGGGUUUAGCGUUUCCGCCGGACCCCCACUCGCCUAGUAACAGAGGCCAAACGGCCAACUAACGCCUAAAUCUACAAACUUAUCCACGCAUCAAAACAGACGGUGGAGAUCACUAGUGUAGCUGCACGACGACUAGUGCAGGGAAUAAUUUUCGCUUCAACAUGCACCUUACCCCAACAUAAGAUUGGCUUAAAUCGUUUAGUACUGUGACUACUGUCGACAACAGAAACAAAGAGGACAAAUUGGUUUCUUCCAACAAAGAAAGAGACAACUUCAUGAACGCAGUGCAAUGUUGACCUGUCUAAAGGCAGAAGAGUAAUCAAGGCAGAUCAGGAUCUUCAGCUAUAUAUAAACCAAUUAAGUAGAGCAAGAAAAACGUACAGAAACUAAACGAGUAUGGAGGAAGUGAAGGUGAUAGGAUUAUGGACAAGUCCAUUUGUUCAUAGGGUUAUAUGGGCUCUGAAACUCAAGGGAGUCGAAUAUGAAUAUCAUCAAGAGGAGGACAUAUUCAACAAGAGUGAUUUGCUUCUGCAGUACAACCCGGUGCACAAGAAAGUUCCAGUGUUUCUUCAUGGUGGAAGGCCGGUUGUAGAGUCGGGCAUUAUUAUGGAGUACAUGGAUGAGACCUGGCCUCAGAACCCCCUGCUUCCAACUGACCCUCAUGCAAGGGCCAUGGCUCGGUUUUGGACAAAGUUUGUAGAUGGCAAGAUGCCGAACAUUUACGGAUUCUAUAAAAGAGCUGGAGAAGAGCAAACAAAAGCAGUGAAAGAAGCCCAGGAGUGUCUGAAGAUCUUAGAAGAGCAUGGCCUUGAUGAGGAGAAGAAGUUCUUUAAUGGUGACAAGAUUGGAAUGACAGACUUAUCCAUGGGAUUGCUAGUAUUCUGGCUUGAGGCCACGGAAGAAGCAGCUGGUGUACAAGUUCUGGAAGCCGAUAGCUUCCCUCGCUUGCACGCAUGGAUUAGAAAUUUCAAGGAAGUUCCUGUGAUCAAAGAAAAUCAUCCUGACAAAACUCGGCUAGUAGCCUAUUUCAAACAGCUAAGGGACAAGUUUAUCAAGCCAGCAACUAGUUGAUAUCCUGUACAAACUUCCCUCCUCUUUUAGCAAAUUAUGUCUCAAGGGUACAAUCUGAGCCUUUGUAACUUUAGCAUACACUUACACUACCCGCCAUGUAACUUUCCCAGCUUUUGGCUUUGAAUUUUUCCUUUGCCUUAAGUUUUCAGAAACCUCUUACAAUUGGUUCUGUUGCAUAAAUGGAACUGGUUUUCAAUAAAGACAGUAGCUCAAAUCUAUAUGUUUAAACACAAGGAUAUAGCUGUUACAUCCUUCAUUUGGUGGAGCAUACUAGAAGAAGUAUAUGAUCAUUUCCAAGUCUCUGGAUUUAAGGGAAAUUAAGAUCCUCUAAUGUGCAUCAGAAUCUUCUUAUGAAGCAGGUUAUAC